UAUUGCCUCUAGGGCAUAUCUCCUACACAUUGUGUCCCUAAGAAAGUUGGCAUUAUUGUUGUUUCUAAUGAUAAAAAUGAACUUAUUUCACAAAGAGUUGUAAGUGGUAAACGGUUGUUGCUUCGAAGGUGAUUAGGAAUCCAGCCUCCCGCUAGCGCCGCCGCAGACCGAUUUUGUCUUCCGUGGUCUUAGGCCACGAAGGCGUAGUGGAUCUCGGCCCUUGCCGGCGGGAGGGUUCUUACUUUGUUUUUAGUUUUUUUUAUAGUUUUUGUCCUAUUUAGAAAGACGAGACGACGACGACGACUCCCUGAAAUUGGAAUAAGGUUCUUCCCGCCUAGUUCUCGUUCGUCUAGCAUCUUCAGAGAUUAUGUGGAGAUUUGUUUCCGACGGAUCUCACGGGAUUCGGUCGGCGUUUGUCUUCGAUUGAUCCACUUGGAUCCGGUCUCCGUUCGUAUGUGUUCGUGGGAUUUUCAGGUCUAAUCCUUCUGGUCUAUGCUUCUCUUCAUCGGCGGCGGCUGCUGUUCUGGCACGCUGGUCCUAUUGGGCCUUAGCACGACGAUUCCUGACUGUCUACUGCAACAAAGUUUGCCCGGCUUCAGUGAUGAAGGGGUGAUGACGGCGCCGCUUCUUCGGCUCGCUCUAGUGCUUGUAGACGUUGCUAGGUGGUCUAUGGACCUGGAUGCAAUUUUUUACUUUUAGUGUUCUUUGUACUGUCUCUUGACACCGGAAAAAAAUUCACCGUGUACAAUUCCGAGCUCCACCCUACUUUAAAAAACCCCCCUUCUCCCCUCCUCUGAUCCCCUCGCUCGCAAACAAACCAACGGCCAGCUCCCAAAAAAAGCAGAGGAAGACAAACGGCCUUUCCCCCUCCCCUCGGCGUCAGCUCCGCCUCCGCGCCCCCCUGCCCGGCUUCCCUUCCGCCUCCCCGCACCGCCGCCAUGAAGCUUCCCGGAGCCGCGACGCGCGCUUGGCUAGUCGAUUUCCUGCGCCGUCUGUUCUCCGCCCUGCGCCAGAGAACUUUCUGGGCGGAGACGGCGGAGGGAAACAAAGAAGCCAAGAAACGGCGGUGCCGACGAGUCAACCGCGCCGCCGCCGAAGCAGUCCUCAUCCACCCCGCGCCUAUCUCCCCAGAGGACCUAAUGCCGCCACUCGACACCCUCGCAGCCACCAACGUGGUGCUCCUCCCUCCCGCGCCUCUCGCCGCCGAGCCUGAGGGCCUCACGCCGACACGCGGCGCCCUCUCCCCCACCAGCACCAUCGUCCUCGACGGGGCGCUGCUCUCCUCCGAGGACCCUACCCCACCGGACGGCUUCCUCCGAGACAUCAAUGACAUCAUCCUCCACCCGGCGGCUGCCGUCCCCACGGGCCCCGCGUCGUCGGUCCCAGCCACCGGCGGGAAGCUGGAAGAUGACGGUGGCUUUACCCUAGUCGUGGGCAGGAAGAGGAAGCGGGGGAAUGCCCAGGCCACCCUCGGCCCUGUUGCCCCGCCACCUGCUCCGCGCCAUGGUCCGCCGAGGGGCUGGUUUCGGCACCAUGCUCGCCCCGCUCCUCCUCCUCCGAGCCGCCGUAUUACGCCCGCAGCCCGGGUGAGGCCUCCUGCCACGGCCAGCGGCCCAGCUUCUUCUCGUGCACUUGCUCCCAGCAUCCCUGCUGCCACGGCCAGAGGCCCAGCUUCGUCUCCUGCACCUGCUGCCAGCAUCCCUGCUGCCACGGCCAGCGGCCCUGCUGCGUCCCCUUCUUCCAUCAUCCCCCAGGAACCGGACGACAUGGAAAAGGAGCGAUUCCUUCACCUACAGUUCCGGGAGGAGAUGUCAAAGCUGAAAGGCAACAAGAUAUACUGUCUGAUCUGCUACUUGGAGCGUCGCCAAAAACUAGUGCCCAUGCAGAAUAAUCAGGAUGAUAUCAACCAUCACAAUAGAGCAUCUCACAAGGGGCAUCUUGAGAAUUGUCGAAGUAAGGGCUGCCUUUUGGUGGCAAGUAACAGACACGACAUUGGCAUUCAUGCCAUUUAUUGCCACCCUCACAUGCUCUGAAGGCCAAGGAUUUGCUCAAGAGUCGCUGAUUAGUGUUCCAGGGCUUGCAGGUGCUUAUGCUACUGUUUGUGUAGGGGUGAAUGCUUCCCGGAGUUGAACUAGGAGAGAUUGUGAAAUACUUACCAAGUAGGCAUAAGUUCUUAUCUGACAUUGUCCUCAGUUCAGACUGGAAUAUAGUGAUUUGGUUACUCAUGUGCAGUGAUUUAGCUUAUGCUGUUAUUUCUGAAACGUGUGGAUAAUAUAGUUUCGUUGGUUUAAUGUUCGUUUCCUGCUUUAUAGCCUUGCUGGAUGAUGUCUGCUGCUUUCUAGGACUAUUUGUUAAUAUUACUGAUUUGGUAACCUAUCUAGUUUUUUAUAAGGAAAACGGCAGGCGAAUAUCUAUGGUCCUUUGGUAACCGCACUGAGUCUUCAAGUUACUACACAAUUCUGUUUUGAAAUUGUUGCAACAGAAGAGUGAUAUAGUUGCAUUGUUGCACCUGCACCAACUAUGAUAUGAAUGCGGCUUUUCCUAUUUAAACUCUGUAUAAAGUAACUUUGGAGAAAUUAUGGCAGCUCUUGAGAGCUCAAUUCAUGAAUUUCAGAUCAGAAGGAUUUGGAAGUCAUGUAUGAAGGCAGUUAUUGAACUUGUGGCUUUGCUGGGUACAGGAGUAGAGAAGGUCUGAUCUCAAAGAUGGCAGCAAAAUUUGGAGGAGCAACUCUAUUUGGUUCCAUCUUAUUGAGUUUAAUUAGCUUUUUCUGUACCUGUACUCUAUUUCCAAGACUCUGUUUUGGUUUUUGGUGAUAAGUUUGUUUUCGUAACGAACUGGUGACAUUUUCAGCCUAUGUGGUAGUUUGAAAGGUUUUCUGCUAAACUGUGUUAGUACUAUGAUGCUAUCGAUGAUCCUAUUAAUUUCAUUGUUCAUUCUUACCCGUGUGUCGAGCCCAGGCUCAGCGAUGUUGUGUGGAGCCUGAUUAGAAAAUGCUUUUGUGUAUCGAGCUCUGGCUAAUUUCUGUUUUUCUCAAGUGCAUCUGCAGGUUUUGAAAAUAAAUCUCAGGUGUGUGGGAUUGCACUCUGAACAAACUGGACUGUGAUGUAAACAUGGCUUGUUGGUUUCAUUUCAAUGAAAUGGAGCAUGGGGAGCUCCCUCCCUGUUCUUUUUAAAAAAUCAAGAAAAAAUUAUAUGAUGAUCAAUAACAGCAGAUAGUGUUGCUGCAAUUGUCUCAUUUUAGAUCAUCAUACUGUAGUAUUUGUGUUGUUUGUUCAGACCGUGACUGAAUUUCUUCCUCCUAUAUUUUGCACAAAUUUUCUGCCAACCCACAGUGUGUACCAGCAAUCCCGUGAUCUAAUUUGUCUGAAUUUUUUGAAACCUAUAAAUACACUUCUGAAAUUUAAAAGUAAAUAAAUCACUGAAACCCCCGCUGUCUUAAGCCUAUUAAUUUGAUUGUUCUUGCUUGCGUGUCCAGCCCAACGAUGUUGUGCGGAGGCUGAUUGGUAAAUGCUUUUGCGUACCGAGCUCUGGUAAAGAAAAUUCUUUCUUAAAUGCAUCUACAGGCUUUUAAAAUAAAUGUCCUCUGUGUGGGAUUGCACCCUGAACAAAAAGAAAAGAAAAAGGCUUUUAUGUUUCUUCUGGACUAUGAUGCAAACAUGACUUGGUGGUUUCAUUUCAAUGAAACCCCUCACUGUUCUUCUAUUGAUAAGCAACACGAAAAAUAUACAAUGAUCAAUAGGACCAAAUAGUGUUGCUGCAUUAUUUCCCUUAUUUUAGAUCAUACUGUAGUAUUUGUGCUACUUGUUCAGCCCACUACUGAAUUGUUUCCUCCUAUAUUUUGCACAAAUUUCCUGCCAACCCGUAGUGCACUCCAGCAAGCCCGUGAUCCAAUUUGUUUGAAUUUUUUGAAACCUACAAAUACACUUCUGAUUUUUCUCAAAUAAACAGAUCACUGAAAAGCCCGCUGUCUGGCCAUCAAAUGCAAGAGAAUUGAUCUGGAUACAAUGUGCCCCAUGUGCUCUCGGCUAGAUGAAGAUGGGGCACAUUUUUCUCAAAUGCAAGAAGGUGAAAGCAGUGUGGCGUGAGCAGGGGCUGAAGGACGUCCGAACUAACUUAUGUGAGUGUAGGGACUCGCAUGAUUUGAUUCACCAGGUUUGUGCUCUGAUUAGUUCUUUUAUAUAUUAAUAAGCACAUCACUGAUUUUGCGAGUGUACAGAGCUCCCCCAUGCAAAUGAGUAGUCAGUAAUCAGCUUGGGAACCCCCUGAAAAUGGCUUUGUAAAGAUCAACACUGAUGCUUCCUGCCUUGAGUCGUCGGAGUCUGCGGCGGCGGGGAAGCUUGAGCAUAUUAGAACUCCUUUGCAGGCUGAGGUUGGUGCUUGCUUGAAAGGGAUUCAAGAAGCAGCAGACCUUGGAGCCCAGAGAGUGAGUUUUGAAGCUGUCCGUCAAACAAUGGCGAUGGCUCUGACAGGUAGGGAAUAUGAUGCAGCGAACACCAGGUUUAAGUGCAAUAUAUUUUAUUGCUUUAGAAAAAAUGGUAUACCAAAAUAAAUCUCAUAUAGUCAUGUGUGUGGGAUUGCACUCUGGAACAAAAAGGAAUUAAGGAAAGGAAGAAAAGGUUGAUGGGGCUUCAUGUUUCUGCUAGACUCUGAUGUAAACAUGACUUGGUGGUCUCAUUUCAAUGAAAUGGAGCUGGCAGCUCCCUCCCUUUGUGUGUGUGUGUGUGUGUGUGUGUGUGUGUGUGUGUGUGUGUGUGUGAGAGAGAGAGAGAGAGGCCCCCUCCUUGUUCUUCUAAUAAAUUGAGAAGAAAAAUAUACGAUGAUCCAUAACACCAGAUAGCGUUGCCGCAGUUUUCUCAUUUUAGAUCAUAUUAUGACUGUUGUUUGUUCAGCCCGUGACUGAAUUUCUUCCUUCUAUAUUUUGCGCAAAUUUCUGCAAACCCGGAAGUUCUUCAGGCAAGUCCAUGGUCCAAUGUGUUUGAAAUCUUCUUCUUUUUUGAAACCUAUAAAAACACUUCUGAAUUUUUCGAAUAAAUAGACCACUGAAAACUCUGCUUUCUGAAGCCUGAUGAUUUCCAAUGAGGUGCCGCACCUAUCUUGUCAUCGUCGCACGCAGUCAUCCAUUUCUUAUCCACCUCAUCCCGCCACAGGCCACACAUCUCCGGCCACGCGGGACGCCCACUACCUCCCUCCGCCGUCCGAUCUCGCAACCACCAGAUCCCACCCGUCCACUGCCCACCCAAACCCCUCUUCCUCUCUCCUCUUCCCAACAGACCAGAGCCAGCCAAGGCAGAUCCACACCACUCCCCACCCCACGCUCCACGACGCGAGCCAUAGCCGCCCUCUCUGCCCGGCGGCCGCGGCCGCGUCGCCCUUGUCCGCCGCCGCCGCACCUCGCGCUGACUCCUUUGCCUGCGUGGUCGCGCGCGGGCUCCCGUCCCUCUGCGUCGCCGCGCCCCGCCGCCGCCGCGGCGACCUCGGCAGGCCUAGCGCAAGUGAAAGGCAAUGAUGACGAUAUUCGAUGAGCUGGCCGUGGCAAAAAGAAACUGCUUUGGCGGCCGCUUAGCCGCCCCCAGGACCGGGACGUCAUCACCACCCUCCUCUCCGAUCUCCGCUCAAUGGCGCUCCGCGUGGCUCCCCCGCUGCCGCCUCCUCCUCCUCCUGAGCCCGACUAGACCGCUUGGCGGCUAUAUGGUGUGUGUGUUUUGGGUUUAGGGCUUGUUGUGCUGUGCCCUCAACAUUGACCCUUUCUUGUACCUUUUGUUCCUGUGGACUUUCAUGUGUGUGUGCGUGGUUUUGUGGACCUUGUUGGAUGCUUGUGGUGCGGUUGGCUUUAUAAUACUAGAUGACCCGUUGCGCCAAUGGCGCAAAGGCCGAGUGUAAGCCAAGU